AUGGCGACAAAGACGAGUCGAGCUGAUUUCGAGGCGGUCUUUCCCUCUCUCGUGCAGGACCUGAGUGAGCAUGCACAGCAAUACGGGGAUCCCUACCACAGCUUUGGAGUGUCUCUUAAUGCGAACACUCCCGGUGGAAAGCUCAAUCGCGGCCUCUCCGUCCCCGACAGCGCCCUCUCCCUCCUCAGCCAACCCCUGAAUGAAAAGCAGUUCAAGGAUCUAUGCACCCUUGGCUGGCUCACAGAGCUUCUACAAGCUUUCUUCCUCGUCUCCGACGACAUGAUGGACGCCUCCAUCACCCGUCGCGGGGAGCCUUGCUGGUAUCGGCGCGAAGGUGUGGGCAUGAUCGCAAUCAAUGAUUCGUUCAUGCUCGAAUCUUCCAUCUACGUGCUUCUCAAGAAACACUUUCGCUCGCAUCCUGCAUAUGUCGAUUUCCUUGAGCUUUUCCACGAAACCACUCACCAGACCGAGCUUGGCCAGCUCUGCGACCUGCUCACGGCCCCCGAAGACCACACUGCUUAUUAUAGCUUUUAUCUCCCGGUCGCGCUUGCGCUUCACUACUUGGAACUCGCAACCCCCAAAAACCUUAAGCAGGCACACGACAUUCUCAUCCCGUUGGGUGAAUAUUUCCAGGCCCAGGACGAUUUCCUUGACGUCUUCGGUAGGCCAGAGCAGAUUGGCAAAAUCGGCACCGACAUCCAAGACAACAAGUGCUCCUGGGUGAUUAACCAGGCCCUUCUACGCUGCUCGCCUGAGCAGCGCAAGGUUCUCGACGAGUCUUAUGGCCGAAAGGACAAGGAUCUCGAAGCCAAAGUCAAGGUUGUUUUCAAUGAGUUGGACAUUGUCCAAGUCUACCGCGACUUUGAAGAAGAGCAAGUUGGGAAGAUCAGAGGCCUUAUCGCUGCCAUUGACGAGUCUGAGGGGCUGAAGAAGGGGGUCUUUGAAAGCUUUUUGGCGAAGAUUUACAAGCGUGAUAAAUGA